CCUUUAAGGAAGUGGGGAGGAGAGCAGCAGGGGUGUGGUUAACAAUUCAGAGGAGGAGGGGGAAACUCUAACCUGUCAGCCCUUUUACUCAGCCACAGCCUCCGGAGCCGGAGCCGCCGCACACCUACCUGCCCGGCCGAACUCACCUGUAGUUGCCGCAGCCCCGGCUCACCUGGUGGGGCCGAGGAGCAGUCACCGCCAGAGUCCGCGCCUCCCUGGGUUGCCUCAUCACUCCGUCGAUUGUUUCCUUUGCUGUGCAGAAGCUUUUAGCUUGAUAAAAUUCCAUUUGUCAUCGGGAGGUCAAGGCAGGAGGAUUGCUUGAGGCCAGGAGUUCAAGAUAAGGCUGGGACUGCGAUGUGCCGGUCUUAGCUGCUGUCUGAGAGGAUGUCUGGGGUGUCCGAGCCCCUGAGUCGAGUAAAGUUGGGCACGUUACGCCGGCCCGAAGGCCCCGCAGAGCCCAUGGUGGUGGUACCAGUAGAUGUGGAAAAGGAAGACGUGCGUAUCCUCAAGGUCUGCUUCUAUAGCAACAGCUUCAAUCCCGGGAAGAAUUUCAAACUGGUCAAAUGCACUGUCCAGACAGAGAUCCGGGAGAUCAUCACCUCCAUCCUGCUGAGUGGGCGGAUUGGGCCCAACAUCCAGCUGGCUGAGUGCUAUGGGCUGAGGCUGAAGCACAUGAAGUCAGAUGAGAUCCACUGGCUGCACCCGCAGAUGACGGUGGGUGAGGUGCAGGACAAGUAUGAGUGCCUGCACGUGGAAGCCGAGUGGAGGUAUGACCUUCAAAUCCGCUACUUGCCGGAAGACUUCAUGGAGAGCCUGAAGGAGGACAGGACCACACUGCUCUAUUUUUACCAACAGCUCCGGAACGACUACAUGCAACGCUAUGCCAGCAAGGUCAGUGAAGGCAUGGCCUUGCAGCUGGGCUGCCUGGAGCUCAGGCGAUUCUUCAAGGAUAUGCCCCACAAUGCCCUUGACAAGAAGUCCAAUUUUGAGCUCCUAGAAAAGGAAGUGGGGCUGGACUUGUUUUUCCCAAAGCAGAUGCAGGAGAACUUAAAGCCCAAACAGUUCCGGAAGAUGAUCCAGCAGACCUUCCAGCAGUAUGCCUCUCUCCGGGAGGAGGAGUGCGUCAUGAAGUUCUUCAACACCCUCGCUGGCUUCGCCAACAUUGACCAGGAGACCUACCGCUGUGAACUCAUUCAAGGAUGGAACAUUACUGUGGACCUGGUCAUUGGCCCUAAAGGCAUCCGCCAGCUGACUAGCCAGGAUGCAAAGCCCACCUGCCUGGCCGAGUUCAAGCAGAUUAAGUCCAUCAGGUGCCUCCCGCUGGAAGACAGCCAGGCAGUGCUGCAGCUGGGCAUUGAAGGUGCCCCCCAGGCCUUGUCCAUCAAAACCUCAUCCCUGGCAGAGGCUGAGAACAUGGCUGACCUCAUAGAUGGCUACUGCCGGCUGCAGGGGGAGCACCAAGGCUCUCUCAUCGUCCACCCUAGGAAAGAUGGCGAGAAGCGGAACAGCCUGCCCCAGAUCCCCAUGUUAAACCUGGAAGCCCGCCGGUCCCACCUCUCUGAGAGCUGCAGCAUAGAGUCAGACAUCUAUGCAGAGAUUCCCGACGAAACCCUGCGAAGGACUGGAGGUCCACAUUAUGGCAUUGUCCGUGAAGAUGUCGUCCUGAAUUGUAUUCUUGGGGAAGGCUUUUUUGGGGAGGUCUAUGAAGGUGUCUACACGAAUCACAAAGGGGAGAAUAUCAACGUAGCUGUCAAGACCUGCAAGAAAGACUGCACUCUGGACAACAAGGAGAAGUUUAUGAGUGAGGCAGUGAUCAUGAAGAACCUGGACCACCCACACAUUGUGAAGCUGAUUGGCAUCAUUGAAGAGGAGCCCACCUGGAUCAUCAUGGAAUUGUAUCCCUAUGGGGAGCUGGGCCACUACCUGGAGCGGAACAAGAACUCCCUGAAGGUGCUCACCCUUGUGCUGUACUCGCUGCAGAUAUGCAAAGCCAUGGCCUACCUGGAGAGCAUCAACUGUGUGCACAGGGACAUUGCUGUCCGGAACAUCCUGGUGGCCUCCCCCGAGUGCGUGAAGCUGGGGGACUUCGGCCUUUCCCGGUACAUUGAGGAUGAGGACUAUUACAAAGCCUCUGUGACUCGCCUCCCCAUCAAAUGGAUGUCCCCAGAGUCCAUUAACUUCCGACGCUUCACUACAGCCAGUGACGUCUGGAUGUUUGCUGUGUGCAUGUGGGAGAUCCUGAGCUUUGGGAAGCAGCCCUUCUUCUGGCUGGAGAACAAGGACGUCAUCGGAGUGCUGGAGAAAGGGGACAGGCUGCCCAAGCCCGACCUCUGUCCACCGAUCCUUUAUACCCUCAUGACCCGCUGCUGGGACUAUGACCCCAGCGACCGGCCCCGAUUCACCGAGCUGGUGUGCAGCCUUAGUGACAUUUAUCAGAUGGAGAAGGACAUUGCAAUGGAGCAAGAGAGGAAUGCUCGCUACCGAACCCCCAAAAUCUUGGAGCCCACAGCCUUCCAGGAACCCCCACCCAAGCCCAGCCGGCCUAAGUACAGGCCCCCUCCACAAACCAACCUCCUGGCUCCAAAGCUGCAGUUCCAGGUCCCCGAGGGUCUGUGUGCCAGCUCUCCUACGCUCACCAGCCCUAUGGAGUAUCCAUCUCCUGUUAACUCACUGCACACCCCACCUCUCCACCGGCACAAUGUCUUCAAACGCCACAGCAUGCGGGAGGAGGACUUCAUCCGACCCAGCAGCCGAGAAGAGGCCCAGCAGCUGUGGGAGGCCGAGAAGAUCAAGAUGCGGCAAAUCCUGGACAAGCAGCAGAAGCAGAUGGUGGAGGACUACCAGUGGCUCAGGCAGGAGGAGAAGUCCCUGGACCCCAUGGUUUAUAUGAAUGAUAAGUCCCCAUUGACUCCAGAGAAGGAGGUCGGCUACAUGGAGUUCACGGGGCCCCCGCAGAAGCCUCCAAGGCUGGGCGCACAGUCCAUCCAGCCCACAGCCAACCUGGACCGGACUGAUGACCUGGUGUACCUCAAUGUCAUGGCGCUGGUGCGGGCCGUUUUGGACCUCAAGAAUGAGCUCUGUCAGCUGCCCCCCGAGGGCUAUGUGGUGGUGGUGAAGAACGUGGGGCUGACCCUGCGGAAGCUCAUCGGGAGCGUGGACGAUCUCCUGCCCUCCUUGCCGUCAUCUUCACGGACAGAGAUCGAGGGUACCCAGAAACUGCUCAACAAAGACCUGGCGGAGCUUAUCAACAAGAUGAGGCUGGCACAGCAGAAUGCCGUGACCUCCCUGAGUGAGGAGUGCAAGAGGCAGAUGCUGACAGCCUCACACACCCUGGCCGUGGACGCCAAGAACCUGCUCGAUGCCGUUGACCAGGCCAAGGUUCUGGCCAAUCUGGCCCACCCGCCUGCAGAGUGACAGAGGGUGGGAGCCACCUGCCUGCGUCUUCUGCCCCUGCCUGCCAUGUACCUCCCCUGCCUUGCUGUUGGUCAUGUGGGUCUUCCAGGGGGAAGGCCAAGGGGAGUCACUUUCCCUUGCCACUUUGCACGACCCCCUCUCCCUACCCCUACCCCAGGCUGUACUGCUCAGGCUGCAGCUGGACAGAGGGGACUCUGGGCUAUGGACGCAGGGUGAGGGUGACAAAGAUGGCUCGGAGGGGGCACUGCUGCUGCCUGGCCACUCCUUCCUACCCCACCCAGUCCAUGCAGGGGGAUCAUGGGGGCGGGAGGGUCACGUGAUGCCCCUAGCUUUAUACAUGGACAUGGCAGGUCAAUUUGGGAACCAAGCUAUUCCUUUCCCUUCCUCUUCGGCCCUCAGAUGUCCCCUGAUGCACAGAGAAGCUGAGGAGGAGCUUUGUUUUGGGGGUCAGGCAGCCAAUGAGAAGAGGGAUGGGCCUGGUGUUCUUGUACAGUGUAUAUUGGAAUUUAUUUAAUGUGAGUUUGGUCUGGACUGACAGCAUGUGCCCUCCUGAGAGAGGACCUGGGACAUAGUCCAGGAACAAGCUAAUUGGGAGUCUGGGCACGGGACGCUGUGUUGUCAAACCAAGCAUCGGGGGAAGGAGCAGAGAGAUGGGGCCAGGACAGGACCUUGGGCCAAAUCCUCUCUCUUCCUGCCCCUUUCUCUUUGUCCCUUUACUCUCCCUUUCUUUCCCUUUUCCCUCUUUUUACUCCUCCUCUUUUUUCUCCUCCCGUUCUCAUCUGCACCCUUCUUUUCUCUCGUGUUUGCAUAAACAUUCUUUUAACCUCUUUCUAUUUGACUUGUGGUUGAAUUAAAAUUGUCCCAUUUGC